CUGGAUUCAUCAAGCCCGGUGGUCCUCAACCUCGCAUCUCUCUGUUCCCUUCAUUGCUUGUAGAGUUUCUAAUGGCGACCUACUUUGCUAUGUAAGUUGUUACCUUUAAAGACACCCUUUUUUUAGAACAAUCUAGCCUUUUCGGAUUGUCUAUUAAUUUCUACCUUAAAAUACAAUUUAACAUUGUUUAAAAAAUCUAAGCUUGAAGAUCUAGUUUCAAAACCUGGGGGGAAAAAAAUAUUUUUUAAUGAAAUUUAGCUUUUAGAUAUUAUCGCACUUAUAGUUAAUACUUUAAUUUAGUUCCGAUAACAGCUCUCUUGUUCAUAUACAAAUGUAAAAGUAAUGAUAUGGGGAAAAUAAAGUGCUAAACAAAUGUAAGAAUACAUUGAAGACAGAUCAUUAAAAAUCUGGACAGGUUCAAUGGUCACAAGAAGUUAGCUCUAGCGGCGAUACAAUCAACACACAGCAGAGCCUGCUAUGAACUCUACUCGGAUGUCCUACUGGUAAGUAGGAUUUAAUGUCUGGUAGUGUGCUGUACCACCACUAACUACUACUAAAACUAACUACUACCAUCACUUACUACUACUAAAACUAACUACUACCAUCACUUACUACUACUAUCAUUAACUACUAGGCCUAAACUAACUACUACUAGGCCUACCACUAACUACUACCUCUAACUACUACCACUAAGAACUACCACUAACUAAUAUCAUUAACUACUACUACCUCUAACUACUGGUAUAUUAAGAUAAUACCCAGCAAGGCCUCAGCCUUAUCUUGUUUCAACCAAAUUUGCUGGCUAGCAGCACCCUUGGAAUAAACACCUCAUAGCUUCCUCUCUGGCAUAAGAAGAGGUAUUGUUUCUGAGACAACUCCUUCUAGUACAGAAGUCUUCCUCUCUGGCAUAAGAAGAGGUAUUGUUUCUGAGACAACUCCUUCUAGUACAGAAGUCUUCCUCUCUGGCAUUACGUAUGAGGUAUUAUUUCUUAGAUAACUCCUUCUAGUACAGAAGUCUUCCUCUCUGGCAUAAGAAGAGGCAUUGUUUCUGAGACAACUCCUUCUAGUACAGAUGUCUUCCUUUCUGGCACUACAUAAGAGGUAUUGUAUCUUAGACAACUCCUUCUAGAACAGAAGUCUUCCUUUCUGGCACUACAUAAGAGGUAUUGUUUCUAAGACAACUGCUUCUAGAACAGAAGUCUUCCUCUCUGGCAUAAGAAGAGGUAUUGUAUCUUAGACAACUCCUUCUAGAACAGAAGUCUUCCUUUCUGGCACUACAUAAGAGGUAUUGUUUCUAAGACAACUGCUUCUAGAACAGAAGUCUUCCUCUCUGGCAUAAGAAGAGGUAUUGUAUCUUAGACAACUCCUUCUAGAACAGAAGUCUUCCUUUCUGGCACUACAUAAGAGGUAUUGUUUCUAAGACAACUGCUUCUAGAACAGAAGUCUUCCUCUCUGGCAUAAGAAGAGGUAUUGUAUCUUAGACAACUCCUUCUAGAACAGAAGUCUUCCUUUCUGGCACUACAUAAGAGGUAUUGUUUCUAAGACAACUGCUUCUAGAACAGAAGUCUUCCUCUCUGGCAUAAGAAGAGGUAUUGUAUCUUAGACAACUCCUUCUAGUACAGAAGUCUUCCUUUCUGGCACUACAUAAGAGGUAUUGUUUCUAAGACAACUGCUUCUAGAACAGAAGUCUUCCUCUCUGGCAUAAGAAGAGGUAUUGUAUCUUAGACAACUCCUUCUAGUACAGAAGUCUUCCUUUCUGGCACUACAUAAGAGGUAUUGUAUCUUAGACAACUGCUUCUAGAACUGGGACGGCAAACUUUCUGAGCCAUAUAUUUAUUUAUGCCAAUGUUACUGCCUUGUUUUAAAUGGAAGAAAUUCAUAGACUGUUCAGUUCAAAAUCAUUUCUUGAAUGACUGUGAAUAAAAUUAUUAUAAACUUAAAAAGUAGAAAAUAAAUUCCUAUGAAAUAUAGAAAUAAUAUCCUCUUUAUCAUACUUUAUGGAACAAUAUGUUUUCUUUUUAAAAAGAUUUCGCUUCAAAUUUUGCAGAAAAUUGUUUUAUUUUGAUUCUAUGACAUCAUAAUCGGUGCUCUUUUUAUAUCAGAGAAAUUUUUGAACCGUCUUUGGGUUUAAUUAAUUGACUUAUAUGCUUUGUUUUUAUGUUUAUUCUAGUGAAAAUUUCUUGGUAAUAGUGUCACGGGGGGGGGGGAGGGGGGGUGUGGUUUGGUGACGGUGGUGCUAGCUUUUACAAUCUCAGUAUUUUUAUACAAACGUUUUUUUUUCUCUAUUCCUGACUGAUGUGUAUCUUAAGAUCACCAAUACAAUGCUCAACUCAAAUCACCAUUUGUUUGACUCUAUUCCUUAAGAUUACCAAUGCAACGCUUAAAUCUCAUCACUGUUUGUUUUACUCUAUUCUUUAAGAUCCCCAAUGCAAUGCUCAACUCCCAUCACCGUUUGUUUGACUCUAUUCCGUCAGAUCACCAAUGCAAUGUUCAAAUCCCAUCACCGUUUGUUUGACUCUAUUCCGUCAGAUCACCAAUGCAAUGCUCAACUCACACCACCGGGGCAACUUCAGAUUUGAGGGCCAUGAGGUCAACUUGGACGCCCAGAAAACGGCCAACGCUGUCAAGCAUAGGAUCACCAACGCUUCAUUCAAAGCCAAAAAACUACCGGGUAGGAGGCCAGUCUGAACACAGUGUGUUUAAACAAUGAAGUCAAGUGUUUUAAUGACCGUGUACCUGUGGUGAUGUGUUUAAAUAAUGAAGCCAUGUGUUUUAAUGACCGGGUACCUGAGGUGAUGUGUUUAAAUACUGAUGUCAUGUGUUUCCAUGUUUAGAUAAUGUGUUUGUUUUAUUGCUUUUUUUUUUUUAAAUUUUUAAGCAGAUGUAAGGUGUUGUGAUGCUGAGGUAAUUUGUUUUAUACUGACUGUGUCUUCUCGUAAAAUUGUUUUUUAAAAAGACUUACAUGAUAUGUUUAAAUGUCCCCUUGCGUCGUGUGUUUGAUUGGUGUCUUCACUGAAUACAGAUCUAAACUUUGUCUUCCCUCAGAUGACAUCGACAUUGUGGAGGACGAUGAGUCCACCAGACUGUCCACAGUUGAAGAAGACCAGGAACAUUCGCUGGCUAAGAACUUGAAGGCCAAGCUCAUGAACAAACUCGGCGUCGACAAGAACAAGAAUCGGGAAACCGUGAGACGAAACAGUGACACCCCGUCCAUGAAGUCUGGCAGCGGCAGUGAGAUUGUGGAGAACCUGGGAGUGGCCAUCAGAAACAGUGCUGGCGGGGCCGGGAUGCAUGUCAUGGUAGACCACCUGGAGAUGGUUCCCUUGAAGGUCAAUGGCAGCAUUGAUGACGAUAAAAUAUCCUCUGCGGACGGCAAGCAUGUCAAGUCCUCAUCUUCCCCAACCAUUUACAGCAAGAAAUCGAACCUGAUGAAAACCCUGUCUGGUUCGGAUCAACCGAGUAAAGGGCAUCAGCUCAUGUCCCCACAUAAUUCCAAGAACUCUAACCCCGGUUUGAAAUCGCCCCUUAGUAAAGUUCUCACCCCUGAUCCAGCCAAUAGUGCCAGGGCUCAGUCAGAAGGUCCGACUGUCCUAUCUGACCGAUCGCUAUCUGACCGGUCACCAUUUCAGAGAGAUCAGAUGGGGUCUGUUGCAUCCUACACUAAUGUCUCUGACCCAAAUCUGCGCACGCAUGGCACUCUCCCUUCCAUCUCGGUCAGCAGCCAUUCUAUGCCAGCAGAUAUUGUGUCCAACAGCAAUUCCGAGAAAAGUUCAGGGGGCAAACAGCUGGUUAAUCGUAACUCAUUUAGCACCGACUUAUGACAUCAUACACAUCGUAACAGCUCAUUAAACUACUUUAACAGUAACAAAGCUUUAGCC